CUGGCGCUGGCAUUGGCCCGCGAGGGGCCGGAUCUGGUCAUCUGCGGCCGCAACAGCACCGAUGGGGAGACGGGGCAGGUGGGGCCGGAAGUGGCUGAGCUCAUGGGCCUGCCGCACGUCAGUCACGUGAGGCGGCUUGACCUCAGCGAGGACCGUCGAAAAGCCGUGGUGGAAAGGAUAACUGACGAGGGCUUUCAGAUCUUGGAAUGCGACCUUCCGGCGGUCAUAUGCGUAACCGAAGGGGUUGCCCCGGAAUUGUUUCCCAACCGCGAACAGAUGGAACAGGCCGCGACAAAACCGGUGGAUGAAGUCAACUGUUCGAUGCUGUCCGACGACAGCUCUCAGUUCGGCGCUUCAGGGUCGCCCACCUGGGUCAACGAGAUCCGUCUGGUUGAGCCGAACCGGCUGGGCGUAACUCUGCAGGAAGUAACGCCGGAAGACGCGGCCCAUCAAAUCGCGCAGUCGGUGAAGGAACGGCUGGCCGAGUUGGAUUCAACCGAACCUGAAACGUCCGGCGAACCGCUUCUCGCUAUCCUGGUGCCACCGACCGGAGCAUCUGGGUAG